AUGGAACAACUAGUGUGUCUUAUUGUUGGUGAUACUCCCAGCACCCAGUUAUUGUCAUGGAGGCUUAGCUUAUCCAAUUGUUUUAUUGUGCUAGUUUCAAAUUCAUUGUCCAGUGAUGGUCUAAUAUCAUGGAAAUCUACAAAGCUUGGUUCCAACUUUUACAAGCCAAAUUUGACCAGCAAAGAUUUGAAAUCAUUGCCAAGUAAUUCCAGUGUUGGUAAAUUUGACAUCAUCGUUUUAUCAUGUCACUCUAUUUCUGAGUACAUUACCCAAUUAGAAGCUUUGGAGAGGUUUAUUCACGAUGACACUGUUAUAAUAAUAGACAGUAAUUUUGCUGUUGAGCUCGAGCUGGUUAGUUUAGCAAGAUAUCCCAAUGUUACCACGGUAUCUGUGAUUGUUGAUGCAGAAGUCCGGAGACUCUCUAUUGGUUCCUAUUUGUUAAUAAACGAUUCAAACUCAUUUAAGUUCGGAAUAACCUAUAGCAAUAAGACCAAAGAGCCAAUAUUAAAAGAAAACAUUACCAGGUUUUCCACUUACCUAAAGAAAAAUAAUUCCAAAUUUAAAUUGAUGCUUCAGCUCUUGGAAAGGACCAAUAUUGGUUCGGUUGAAGUCAUUGCUCCAGAAGACGAAUCCUUUGGCCUUCAUGUAUGGGAAUGGUUGUUACCAAGAAUAUCGUUGAAUGUUCUUUCUAUUGUCUUCGAACAGGUAUCAUAUGCUGAACUAUUAAAUAAUGAAUCCAACACAAAGGUUUUCAGACAAUUAGUCAAAGAAUUGAUGGAAAUAUGCUAUAAGCAGACUAAUGGUGGAGUUAUUGAUUGUUUUGUUUUUAAUAACGAUCGAACAACGCCUGAUUAUAACUCCAUCCUGCAAAGGCUACAAGACAGACAGCGAGAUCUAGAAAGAUUUACUAAGAGUGAGUAUCCAGAGUACUUAACUUUGAAUUACGAAGCUUAUUGUUUCUAUCAUAGAAUUGAGUUUCCGAGCUCUUUAAUGUUUAACCAGUGCAUUGACGUUGCUGAAAAGUACGGUUGUGCGAAUGGUAACUUAACAUUUUUAUCAGGAUUCUAUUCAAGGCUUUUGAAUCUUAGCGGGGUUCAAAUAAACAACGACGAAAGUAGUGACUUGAAGAAGCCUAAUCUUUUGUGGGGUAAAAAGAGUGUUCUAAACGUUGAUAAAAAGAAAAGUACCAACCAGUCAUCUCAAAAGAAGGUGAAGGUAAAGUCCAAAAAGUUUAGUCUCCAUUCUAAAGUAAAGACACCGCAUGCAUCUCAGAGAGUUCCGGCCACUAGUGGCUAUAAAUCUCCAGACUUACAAUUACCACCCGAACUACAAGAAAUGUAUUUAGGAUGUGACUCUUUGAAUUUUUCCUCACCAUUGUCACCUAAAAUUAUUGACGUUGAAUUUGAUUCCACAUCAGAUGAUAACGUUGAGAGCACAGAAUCGGACGAAGAAUCAAAUGAUGAAUCUGUGUAUGUUGAAAAGGUUAAAAAAGAAGUUGUUUCCGAGAGAAGUAUGGUGAAACUGUCUGAACAAAUGGAGCAUCAUGAAGAUGAUGAUAAUAUUGAUCCCAGCCUAAAAUUACCAUUAUUUAAAGGUUUCAAAAAUACGACACAGAGGCCAAUGACAACGGGGAGAUUACAAAUGACUGACUUGGAAUGGCAAAUUCGAAAUGGUUAUGUAGAUAUUCCAAGGCAGAUGAUGUUGGUAACUAAGAAUGAAUUAAGAGAACCUGAUGAUAAAAUGCAUCAUACUAUUGUGGGACAAUAUUGGAAAUUAAUUAAACAACAGCAUAUGAAUAACGGACAACUCAUAAGACCAAUUACAAGCCAAGAAGAUAUUUUAAGAUUCCACUGUGAAACUUUAAACAAAGCACAGGUUCACCUUUCUACCACCACAAACCGCUACGGUGAUUUAGACUUCAGCGACAGCGUAUACGAACACUGGAGGCAUGGCAAAGGUUGCCUAUAUAAAUUACUAUCUGAUAGGUAG